AUGAGUGAAGAUCUACACGUUACAUCAUUAACUGGGUUUGUAGAUUUUAUAAGCUGGUGCCGGCAUUCUGCACGGGAUGAGACAGGGGUCUACAAAAAUCUCUUGCAGGAGGUCUCACAAAGAGUAGGAGCAUCAUUGCCAUUAUACACAACUUUUAGAUCUGGCCUUGGGCACCUACCAGUCUUCACUGGCACUGUAGAGUUGGCUGGCUUCACAUUUACUGGCGAACCAGCAAAAAACAAGAAGCAAGCUGAAAAGAAUGCGGCCAUGGCAGCUUGGUCAUCUCUAAAACAGUUGGCACAGCAAACUGAGAAUUCUUCAUCUGAAAAGGUGAUCAAUGAUGAACAGGAGCAUGUCAUGGUAGCACGUGCUCUACAAAAGUAUCGCAUUAAGGUAAUAAUGUCUGGUUUACCAUUUCCAAUGGAAUUUCCAACGCAGAAACCAAGAAUUCCAAGUUCACAGCCCCCUCCAGCUACAACAUCAAAAAUCCUUCCCUUAAUAUGUCCAAAGACAGCUUCUCGAAGCAAACAUUUUAGUGCCACAUUUAACAAUACAAUACGCUUGAAGACAACUCCUCAAAAUGGGCCAAUCACCAAUAUACUAAAUGACAUACCCAUGAGCACGAUGACAGCUCCUCAAAGCCACCCCACUAUUGCAACUGUCAAUGACAGUCCCUCACCAUCGGUAGAAAGCCCAAUGGUCCGACUCCAGAAAUUCCCCGCAGCUGGAGCAGCACCCUACAUUCCUGUCAGGCACUAUAGGGCACACCAUGGGAUUGCACCACCUGUGACGAUACGAAAUGCGAUACCUGUUUUCUCUGCACCGCCACUUCCCCGGCCUAGUCAGACAUCACAGGUGAGGAGGCCUCCACCAUUGGGUGUAGCACCACCUGUCUGUGUAAGGCAGGCUGUGCCAGCUUUUGCUGCUCCACCAGUUCGAGUAGAGGACCCACCAGUCUCUAAGACUCCUAUCGCCCGACCACCCAGUGUUGUCACACAGAUGGACGGGACAAUGAGUGCAGACCAGGACAAGCUGCAGGAGGCUGUGCCAGUUUCUGCUCCUCCACCAGUUCAAGUAGAGGAGUCGCCAGUUUCUAAGGCUCCUAUUGCUCCAACAGCCAGCACAAUGUCAUGCAUAGAUGUGACGAGGAAUGCAGUCCAGGACAUACUUCUGGACGCUGUGCCAGUUUUAGCUGUUCCAGGAGCUCGAGUAGAGGAACCACCUGUUACUAAGGCUCUUAUCGAUUCACAAGACAAAUCAUUGGUACAGAUAGAAGAGAAGUGGAGUACAGUCCAGGACAAGCCAGAGGACUAUGCAAUAAUAGAGGAGUUGAAAGCGCUAAGGAUGUAA